ACAUACCUUGCAUAUAUAGUGUUUGUAUAUAUGUAUGUGCUCAGAUAUUCUCCUGUGAGCAAUGCCUUUUCGCUCUCUCUCUCCACCUGACUUGUCAGGUGGAGAGAGAGAGAGAGAAUUGCAGGAAUGUUACAUUUGUAUUAUUACUGUGAUAGUAGUUGCUUACACAGAGAGGGCAUUUUAUUCGCAGCAUUGUUGGAGAUUCCUUCAUUGUCAGUGAUGUGGAGCAUUUCAUGUUGUUUCAAUGUGAUUUUAGAGAGAGAAAAGAUAUUAAUUUUACAAACACGCGGACAUGUAAUAACAGUAGUGAGAGAAUUCUCUCUGAGGGGACACAACAGUGGAGAAAGAGAGAGGGGUUUUCAGUGGAGAGUUUUGUGCCUUAAUGUGUGAAUGCAGGGCUUGUUUUGAGGAAUAAAGGGUUUAUAAUAUGGAUUUUAUGCAAGUUUCUGCAAUUUGGUUGCUUUUGAAGCGAAAUUGAAGAAAUUCAAUUUAGGGUUUGAGACAUGAAUGAUAGUGCGGGUCAAACGGAUUCAUCUUUAGCCAUCACAGAGAAGAAGCCUCACAGGCAUGGCGGUUGUGUGGGUAUCUUCUUUCAGCUCUUCGAUUGGAAGCGGAGGUUCGCCAACAAGAAGCUCUUCUCUAAGAAACUGCUUCCACCAGCUCGUGCAAAACAUACUUCAAAGAAGUUUGGAGGAGAUGAGAAGCUACCCAAGCUUCGUUUGAUUGCGGAUGAAAAUUGUGGGGGUUUUCCAAAUGCGAAGAAAAAUGGGAGUCGUGAUGUUGAUUUUGAGCAAAAGCAUGAAAUGCGAGCUCCUAGUUUGGUUGCUAGGCUUAUGGGCUUGGAACAUAUGCCUACUGUAAAACCAGAAAAGUUAAAGAAAGCUUCAUUGAGUGACAGCCAAGAAAAUUUCGUGAAUAGCCAUGAUGGAUUUAUUAGGGAAGAUGUGAAUUCUGAGAAGGAAACGACAAAGCAUGAAUUGAGGCCUCAUAAGCUUCAGAAGACAGCGCCAGUUGGAAGACAGCCAUUGACUAGGUUCAGAGCUGAUGAAUUGCAAUUCAAGAGUUUGUUGUCGCGAUCUACAAAACAUCAUUCUAAACUCACUUCUCUGGUGAAGAGUUCAAGGCUUCCGUCUGGGAGAAAUGUGUGUAGGAACAAUCGGUUGAUUGAUGCUGCUGCUAACAUUUUGGAACCUCGGUUGCAAGCUACGAGUAGGGCAAAAUAUGCUCUUACUUACUUGAACACUAUAAAUCAUGCUUCUAAACAUGUCAUGGAGGAAAAAAUAGCUCUAUCACCCAAUAUAUCAAAAAAUUCUGGUUAUUUUGCUUGUGCAGCCAAGCAAUUGAAGGAGCAAUCGUCCUGCAAAAAUUGUGGCAACUUGCUAGAUGUUGUCGAGUCCAGAACAAAUGUGGAGGAAAGGCCAUCAGUUUUUGCUUCCCCUGUCCCAAAUUAUGUCAACACUUCUUCUCAGGGUUCAGAAAGGAGUCAGCCAAGACUGCCCAUGUCCUCCCUUGAGGAAGAAGGGGAGAAAGUUCUUCAGAAAAGUCGAGAGCAAUCUGCAUCUAUGGUGGCAAGAAAAAAUAUACAAAUUCGUGCUGCUGCAAACACAAAUAGAAAGCCUCUUAAUCAAGAAGGUCAGCUUAAUGGCCAUCUUGAAAGUAAACAGGGCAUACCUCAAAAGGAUGUACCAUCUUCCAUUGUUUUUAAGCACAAGACACCAAUGCAAAAUCAUAUGCCGCUAGGCAGGAACAGGGUUCCACCACAGUCAAAGUUAAGUAAUCCGCAUGGCAAUACAGUCUCUUCUGCUGCAAAUGCUGUUAAUGGCACCAAAGAUCUUGUUCGUUUUAACCGAAGUGGUCACACCAGGACUAGGAUAACAGCUAAUGUAAAUGACCUUAAUUCUGUUGCAGAAAGGAAAUCUUGUAACAGGGGUGACGAUUCUAUAUCCUCAUUGCCAAAGAGGAGGCCAAUUAAUCCUGGUAGCCAAAGCAAAAGCUAUAGUUCUGACAGUUCCACCGACAAAAAACGAAGACUUAUUAGGUGUGAUGAAAUGACUGGGAAAGGGAUGGGACUUGAUUCUCACUCUAUGAACAGUACCUGCAUCAAAGGGAAAUUGGUUCAUAUGAGAAAACAUAAAGGAACUGCUAUUAAUAAGGGCAAUGGCAUUAUCAAUUCCACAUUUAAUUUCCCAAUGAAGCACAAAACUGGAAUUGACACAGAAAUGGAGAAAAGAGGGCGUCAAAAUGGAGUUAGUUGUAAUAGUAUGCUGCAACAAAUUUUGACAGCGGAUGAUAGUGAUGGAAAGACAUGCUUUCAUAAACCAUUCCCAUCGAGUGGAAAUGCUUUGGGUGCCCUUCUAAAACAACAAUUGAAGGAAUUGACUGGCCAAGAAGAGGAUGAUUUGGCAAACAAAGGCAUUCCACCGAAGAGAGCCACUGCUAUGGUUCACAAAGAGCUAAUAUCUGUUUUGACUACAGAGAGGCCAGUUUCUCUGGAUGAGUCAUUCCAGGCCAAGACAAGAGCACCAGGAACUUCAUUCGGGGCGUAUUCACAUGACAAGGAUUAUUUUAGCCCAGGAUCGGUACUUGAAGCUUCUUUUUCGAAUGAUACUUGCUUUUCCAACAGUCUUGAUGAUAACUCAGAACACAAACUUCGUUGUCGCUCCCUGGAUGGCUCCUAUGACAUAUCACAGCCAUUAGAUACUGAUGCAGAUAUUUUGGUUUCUGCAACUUCACUAAACAAAGGGAGGAAUGGCAGUGAGCUCGUGACUUAUCUCCUCAACCAAAUUUCUGAAGUAUUAUACCGUACCAACAUUGCUGACACCAGAUUAAAAGGGAGCCAGCUCACCCAUGCAAAAGAGGUCAUCUUUAAUGCUGAAAUGUUGUUUGGAAAUGCAGCCCUACAUAAUUCAGAAGGAACAACAAAUUUUCACAUAUGCUACUUUCUCCUUGACGAACUGGAGACUCUUUCUAGUCUCAUAUGGACGAAUUUUGGCUGGUUUCUCGGUUUUGAGGAUCCCGAAGAGGGGAAUCAAUUCCAGGAAUUCCUUUUUGACUGUGUGAUAGAGUAUUUAGAUUCAAGAUAUGGUCGAUACUGUAAAUAUGGGUUCAGCGCAUGGACAAGACUUCCAUCACACAUGAAUGCUGAGAAGCUGAUUAUUGAGGUAGUUGACGAAGUUAGAAGAUGGACAGAUUUUGCUGGGUUGACUCCAGAUGAGCUAAUUGAGAGGGUGAUCAGUCAUUCCUUGGGGAAAUGGACAGAUUUUGAGAUUGAAGCAUUUGAGACUGGUGCUGAAAUCGGUGGGGACAUACUCCAGAUAUUGGUUGAUGAAAUUGUGGUAGACCUUUGGGAUUGCAGGCAGGGUUCCUCUAAAAUCUUAUGCAGCCUUGGUUGAUGAAAUUGUCAUCAGGCAUACUUCAACAUUCCCGCACUUUUGUUGAUCCAAAUAAGAUGGUACUUUUGUACUGUACAAAUUGAUGGAUUUUAAUGGAAAAAGUUUAACCCUGUAUGUUAUUUGCUAUUCAAUUUCCUAAAGAGCACUGUACCAUAACAAGUUAGGACCUUUAUUGUUUAUUUGUAGCUGUUAGAGCUAGGGCUAUUAUUUGGUAUAAUUUUAAAAGCUCCAUUUGACAAA